AUGGCCUUUCGUAUUCUUUCCUCCCUCAUCCUCCUUUCUCUCGGGGCGGCAGUUUCCACGUCCGCUAUUGUCCUCGAAGAACAACCUCUCCGUGUCGAGGGUACCCUCUCUGUUCCUUUCAAAGUCAACGGCACUGUAUACAAGACAUGGGUCUUCCAACACGCUAGUCCCGCCGUCUUGCCAACUGCCCGACCACUUGUCGUCCUCCACGGUGGUCCAGGGCUCACUCAUGACUAUAUGCUCCCCUUGACGGACCUCGCAGCGUCCCGUCCUGUCGUGUUGUAUGACCAAAUUGGCUCUGGCAAAUCCAGCCAUGUGGCUAGCAAUGAUAGCACGUUCAACUGGGGAUUGGAUGUAUUCCUCCAAGAGCUUGACAACGUGCUUAGUAUCCUGAACAUCGGUCACGACUUCGACCUACUGGGACACUCCUGGGGUGGUGUCAUGGCUGCUGAAUACGCCGUUCGGAGGAAAAAUCCCGGGUUGAAGCAUCUCGUUUUCUCGGAUUCUUUACCGUCUAAUGAGCUCUGGGAUCAAUCCGAGGGAGAGUUGUUGGCUGCGUUCCCGGAGGAGGUGCAGAGUGAUCUUGCGGUUGGGUUUGAUGAUCCGGUGAGGUAUCGAAAGGGGUUGGCAGCGUUUUUUGCGGUGCAUGGGUGUACUGUGAAUCCAACGCCGCAAGGGGUGAAUGUGUCGUUUGAUUAUCUUUUUGAGGAUCCUACUUCGUCGAUUAAGAUGGGAGCUGCAUUGACUGGAUGGAGCAUCAUCGACCGGUUAUCGCAGAUUACAGUUCCAACUCUGGUAUUGAACGGAGCGGCUGAUAUCUCUCAAGAUUUCGUGAACCAGCCGUAUUUGGAUCGUAUCCCGCGUGUUACGCAUUACAAAUUUGAGAAGUCGAGUCAUACGCCUAUGUGGGAGGAGAGGGAUGAGUAUAUGCAGGUUGUUGGGCGGUUUUUGGGAUGA